UUACGAUUACAUAUAUAAUUGUCCUGAUAUUCGAAAAAGCAUAGCUACAAACUAUCAAAAGCGACGAAAUGAGCAGCGACCACCCCUCCGAAUCUAGUAGCUACUACUGUCCGUCAAAUGCUGAAGAAGUGAGCAACAGUCCCUAACAUACUUCACCAAAUCCACGUCGCUGACGAUAACAUUUCUAUCAGGGGUCCAGCUAUGCAGGAGAUUGGGUUUCCGAUCGCCUCGCCAUGCACCAGACAAUGUUGGAAGCGGGGUUUUUGCAGGAAGAUGGAGAAGAAAUUACCGAGACUGACUUGGACUUUGACCUUUCUGUCGGACCGGAAGAUAUGGACUUUGAUGAUUUCAAGUAUGAUGCCGAGGACGUGACGGAGACUGGGGAGUCGCUGGAAGAAGAGGAAGCGCCCGAGGAGGAUAAACAAGCCAAGCGCGAGGCACAUGACAGGCGAAAAGUGCGUAAUGCUCAGGCCGUUCGGAAUGCGUCAAAGCGUAGGCAAGAGGUAAUGGACGAGAUCGACCAACGCACUGAGCGAGGCUCAUCCACGAAUGCCGGACGUCUGAGAAUGAAGGAUUUGAAGCAUCAAAUACAAAAGCUAGACGAAUUCGAAGCGGAGAUGGAGGCACAAAUAACAACAAGCUUACUGUCAGGGACGCCGAUAUCUAUACCGAUGACAGAUGAUGACUCUGCUGCCAAAUCAGAUGAUGUCAGCGCUGAUCCGAUGGCUACCUCUGUGAAUGAAUUCAUGCUCGGUGGUUCAACGAGAAGGAAAGUGUUGUCUGGGACCAAGGCAUCCUCCACGACGAAACAGGCACAGGUCAGAUAUAAUUCCAAACGACGCGCAAAGACUGCCAGGGUCCAACACAAAAAGGACUUGUUGAUGGCAAGAAUCAACGAGCGCACAUGUGGAUCACGAAAGGCCACAACGCAUACAAACGUCGAUGAACUGUAAGCGCAGUUGAUUCGGCUGGAUGAUAGAGACAAGAAGAGGGUUGAGAGUGUGAGGGUAAAACUGAUUAGUGAAGGAAGGUUAUGAAUGAUACUGCC